UUUUGCUGUGCAUUGUGUGUGCUCCUUCCUAGCCUCUCUAAGAACUGUCGUUUUAAUUGGCUCCCAGCAAACUCCCUUGAAAUGAGAUAGUGUGGAACAAUGAAGGAGCCUUUGAUUGUGUGCCGAGAAAGGCAAGCAGUUGGAAUUCUGCAUCUAGGGUCAGCACAGGGCGUUCGUGGCAUCUGGGGCGGCUGGCAGCCACGGCUGCGUGGGCUGCAUGGGAGGGGCCUGAUCCUCUCCUUCCCACCAUUCUGUCACGGACACCCUUGGAUGUUUACAGUUUGUUUGUGUGCAUACAAGAACGCUGUAUCCCCUCCCCCCAAUUAAUUUGUUGAGAUAUGUCCAUGCUGCACAAACUCUUGAUGCCAAGUUUCAAGGGCAGUUUUAUAACAUUAAUAUCUGAAAGUUCAAAAAGAACCCGGGCUGUCAGCAGCUGGCAGUGCAUCCAUCAACUGUCACCACCAGCAUGCUGCUGGCGGGCCUUCCGGGAGAGAGAGGUGUGGUUUGGAACAGAGCAAUGGAAAUAACCGGGAUCCAGCCAGCAGCAUCAGCUGGGAGAACUGGGGAGGCGCGCUCUCACAAGGGUCGGGGCUAGAGGGUUGUGUGUGUGUGUGUUUCUACAAAUAAAGCAACUCUGUAGUGCAGACCCACUUUCUGAGACAGGUACACAGAGACGGGCUUCUGGGAAAGAUUGCGACUAUUGGACCAGGUGUCCAUGGGACAGGGUCAUCGUCCGAAGGCUCUUCCUGUGUGGCAGUCUAAUAUUAGAGUUUGGACACUGUGGUGCUUCCAGGGAUGGGACGUGAUCACUGUAGUGAAGACACGUGGGCAGGUGGAAUGGCUGUCCCGGAGGUCUUGCAGGACUGUUGUGUUGAAUGGCGAAGGAUGGUUCUGCGUGGAAAAUCCACUGCUUCAAGAGCUCUGGGUGCAAGCAGUCGAAUGAGAAAUGUGCGUCUGAGGCUGAGGACAGUCUGCCAGUCUGCUUGAAGGUUCCUCGAAAGUGUCUCUCCUACCUUACCAUGGAAAGGGUGGCCCUGUACCUGCUGUUCAUGAGCACUACUGUCGAGGCUAUGAUGUGUCCCACAAGAUGCAUGUGCCAGCACCUGUCUCCCUCCUUCACCAUUCUCUGCACAAAGACGGGGCUUCUCUUCGUUCCUCCCACCAUUGACCGGCGUACAGCAGAGCUCCGACUGAUGGAUAACUUUAUCACUACACUCCGGCGGAAGGAUUUUGCCAACAUGACCAACCUGAUUCACUUGACGCUGUCCAGAAAUACCAUCAGUCAGAUUAUGCCAUAUGCAUUUUUUGAUCUUAAAGGCCUUCAUGCUUUGCACCUGGAUAGUAAUAGACUCACCUAUAUCCAUGAGGAUCACUUCAAAGGGUUAUUCAAUUUGCGACAUUUAAUUCUCAGUAACAAUCAAAUAAACUAUAUUUCUCCUGGAUCUUUGGAUGAUUUCAUUGAUGUAAUUGAGGAUCUAGAUCUAUCUUAUAAUAAUCUUGUUAAUGUUCCUUGGGAAACGGUUGAAAGGCUUUCUAAUGUCAAUACCCUCAGCUUGGAUCAUAACCUCAUAGAUUUUGUACCUGAAGGAAUUUUCUCAAAUCUUCAUAAAUUAGCUCGGUUAGACAUGACAUCCAACAAAUUAAAAAAGAUUCCCCCGGACCCUCUGUUUUCUCGAAUACCCGUCUAUGCCAAACCAAAGGGGUCCCCCUUGUCCUCUUUGGUUUUGAGUUUUGGUGGGAACCCUUUGCACUGCAACUGUGAACUUGUAUGGCUGAGGCGUCUCACCAGGGAGGAUGACCUGGAAACAUGUGCCUCUCCACCAGAGCUGAUGGGCAAGUACUUCUGGUCCGUUAGAGAGGAGGAAUUCAUCUGUGAACCUCCAAUGAUAACGCACCGAACCUCAAAGCAGGUUGUCCUGGAAGGCCAGAGUGUUUCUUUGAAGUGCAAAGCUGUUGGUGACCCAGAGCCAUUUGUUCGCUGGAUUUCACCUGGUGGGAAGCUGGUCUCCAACACUUCCCGAACAAUUUCCUAUGAGAAUGGCACCCUGGAUAUUUUGGAGGUAUCUGGAGAGGAAAAAGGCAUAUUUACUUGCAUAGCAUCUAAUGCUGCGGGUGAGUCUACUGCUCCGGUUGAACUUAUGGUGAGUCCAUACCCUCACCUUGCAAACAGCACAAACUGUGACAAAGAAGCAGAGCCUGGCCCCUCAGACAUUUUGAUCUCUGCCAAGUCGAGCUUCCCCAAUGAAACCAAAUCUUUUCCAGAUGGGAAGGUUGCAGUUGCUGAGCUGACCUCCUCCUCUGCCCUCAUCCAGUGGCCUUCCCAGCACCACAUUUCAGGAAUACGAAUGUUUCAGAUCCAGUAUAACAGCUCUGUUGAUGACAUCCUGGUGUACAGGAUGAUUCCAGCAGCCAGCAAAUCCUUCUUCCUCACGGACCUGAUUGCUGGGCGUGACUACGAUCUGUGUGUCCUGGCUGUUUAUGACGAUGGGGCGACAUCUCUGACAGCAACCACGGUGAUUGGAUGUGUGCAGUUCACCACGGAGGAGGAAUAUAGGCAGUGCCGAUCCCUCCAUGCCCAGUUCCUGGGUGGAACAAUGAUCAUUAUUAUCGGAGGCAUCAUUGUGGCAUCUGUUCUGGUUUUCAUCUUCAUCCUCCUGAUGAAGUAUAAAGUUUACGCCAACCAUCACAAAAAUAAAAACACUGAAGUGAACAAUGUCUGUUCUCAGACCAAUGGCAGCCAAAGAGGCUCCAUGGCUCAGUCAAGCUCCAAACUGGCAGAGGGGCAUAUCAGUCCGCAGCAGGAAUGCUCAGGAGUGGCUGUCAAAGGCAAAACAGUAAUAGAUCGGGAUCGCGAAAGAGCACCUCCCUCAGACACUGCUUUGAGAAACGAAGCAUUGUUUCAGUAGCCAUGCUAGCGGUUAUUGAUUGCAAGGUUGUGCAAAACAAUAACUCAUGUGGUUGUAUUUUAUGCUUCACUACUAUUGUCUAUUUUUAAGAUCAGAUGGUUUAAAAAUAUUUUUUUAAUCUGUAAAUGUUCUUGCAUUCUUAACUAUUUUUGUUGCACAAUAUUAAAUAUAAAAUGUGUGA